CAUGGCGACGUACAAGUUGUUGAGGUGUUGAAUCCACGUUGUUAAGAGAAGGUUGGACUAAUGAUACGAGGAAGGCCGAAAAUCAAAAGACUCUUAAGGCAGAUUGAGUCUGAUCCUUGGGCCGUUGACUUUCUUCUCAGUGUCUUCAUCGCUGCUGCUUUGAGCUAUAGGAACGUGGUCGUGCUUCAUCCGAUUCCGCUCUCCUUCCUGGAAGAGGAAGCAACAUCUCGGGGACCUGUGCGAAAAGCAGAUUUCUCAAGAUUGGUCGGUCUGGUGAACCGUAUUCCCACAGUUCCUGAAUUGAUGAGUUUGUUGAGGAGAAGCUUGACAGACACUCGACUCACACCAGAAGAGGAAGAGAUUUUAACAGUUCUUGAAGAAGUUUUUGAAUUCUUCCAUUUUACCACAUCGACUUGUACAAAGUCUGCUUUUCCAAAGAUCAAGGAGUUGACUGCUCAAACAAUUGAGACAACAGAACCAAAUUAUGUGUUUGAAAUGAUCUGGGAGGAAGAGGAAGAAGUGAGGUGGCAGCAACUCAAGGGUGAUCGCAAUACACACUUUGCCUAUCAUGGAACCAGGGUGGACAACAUUUACUCCAUCUUACUCAAUGGACUCCAGCAGCAUCGCAGUCGGAAUGGGGCAUAUGGUGAAGGGACAUAUUUAUCAAGUGAACUGAGCGUGAGUCUAUUGUAUAGUCCCCAUGGAAUGAGCUGGGACAAGAGCCUUCUUGGUUCUUCCAUCUCCUGCGUGGCUGUCUGUGAAGUCAUUGAUCACCCUGGUGUUCACCAAAUGUCCAAACCUCGGAAGGAUCAAAGAUCCUCACACACCUGUGAGUUUCCUCAGUUACCUGAGAAGUAUCUCUUGGUGUGCAAUAAUGAACUACUUCGUCUGCGAUACAUCCUUGUCUAUUCACAUCAGUCCCCAAAGAAUCCAAGGGCUACAGAGACCAUGUGGAGGGCAUUCCUGAAGAGACACAAAUUUUUACUCCUCAUGACUCUCUACAUGGUCCUCUUGGUCCAGAAGUGUCACUUUGUAGGCAUUGUUGAUGGCAUCAGUGUCCGCAAACAGCAUCAGCACAAGCUCUCCCUAACCUUGGAGAAGAGGAAGAAGUCCUAUAGUCACAUCCAGUGA